AUGACAGGAUUAAAUGAAAAUGAAGUUGACAUGUGGCUGCAAAUGAGGCCAUUGGGCCCAGGAACUCCAAGCAUUAUUGCUGAUACUGCAGCUUUUCUUGGGCAUGUUUUUGGUUUCCAGGACUUCCAGAAGUACAAGAAUGUAGGGGUAGAUGAGGCUACCAAACUUUCUGUGGGCAUUCGUUAUCAACAGCUCCAGCAACAAGAACCCCAUCACCCGAGAGUAACGAUAUGGAGGGCGAAACCUCCCAUGAACUGGACUUUGAGGAAUUGGAACAACUUGCUAAAUGCAAAAAAUCAUUCCUCUCACGGCUGUGGAAAUGCCUACGACGGGAUUAGCCUGAUGUCAGUUGACCAUAUAACCUAUAUCAUUCCAAUAGAUGGGCGACCAUAUAAUGUGCACCUUAAGAAACGAUUUAUUUUAUCAGACAAUUUUAUGGUUUACAUAUAUAAUGAAGGAUUUGUGAGUUCUCAAUAUUUAGAUACGCAGAAUCAGUGCUACUACCAAGGAUACAUCGAAGGAUAUCCAAAUUCUAUUGUCACACUCAGCACAUGCUCUGGAAUUAGAGGAAUAAUACAAUUUAAAAAUGUUUCAUAUGGAAUAGAACCUCUAGAAUCUGAUACUGAAUUCAAACAUAUCCUUUUCAAAUUAAAAAAUGACAACAAACAUCCAGCUGCUAUAAAAAAUUACAAAGACACAGAACAAGGAACAAUCUUGGGUUUACAUUCACACUAUGAUCACUUGGGUGCUGAUAGCAUGAUCGUAGCCAAAAAAGUCAUCGAAAUUAUUAGCCUUGUAAAUACAAUGUUUUCCCAACUUAAGGUUACAAUUGUGAUAUCAUCAUUAGAGUUGUGGUCAGAUAAUAACAAGAUUUCUACAGCUGGUGAGGCAGAUGAAUUAUUGCAAAGAUUUUUAAAAUGGAAAAAUACCUAUCUUACCUUAAGACCUCAUGAUCUUGCACUCCUUUUGAUCUAUCGUGAUACUCCAGAUUAUGUGGGAACAACAAUUCCUGGAAAGAUGUGCGUUGAUCAUUAUUCUGCAGUAAUUGCUUUGUAUCCCAAGAAGGUAACCUUGGAAGAAUUUUCUGUUGUUGUCACUCAGUUGUUGGGGCAUAGUCUUGGAAUGUCUUAUGAUGAUGUAAGUGAAUGUCAAUGUCCAGGAACCAUUUGCAUUAUGGAUCCAGAAGCUAAGAAAUUCAGUGGUGUGAAGACUUUCAGUAGUUGCAGUUUGAAUGACUUUGAAAAUUUCAUUAUAAAUAUGGGCACCAAAUGCCUGAAUAGACCACAAAUGCAAACUAGAGUAGCAUUCUGUGGCAAUAAAAUAGUGGAAAGUCCAGAGCAAUGUGAUUGUGGUACAAAAGAGGAAUGUGGAUCUAAUAGCUGUUGUAAUUAUAAAACCUGUAUGCUUAAAAGUGGAGCUCAAUGUGAUACAGGCUCAUGCUGCAAGAGUGACUGUACAUUUCAACCUGCAGGUUUUACAUGUAGGCCUACUCGUCAUGCAGAAUGUGAUAUGCCUGAAACUUGUAAUGGAACCUCAGGACAAUGUCAGCCCGAUAUAACAAUACACAAUGGACGUCCAUGCAAAGGAGGAAGAAAUAUCUGUUAUGGAGGAAAUUGCCAAGAUCUUGAUGCCCGUUGUGAGGCUUUAUUUUGGAAAGGCUCACAAAGUGCUCCAUUUCACUGCUAUGAAGAAAUAAAUUCCCAAAAGGAUAGAUUUGGAAACUGUGGUGUAAAUAAUGGACAAUAUGUAUUUUGUCUUUGGAGAAAUCUUAUAUGUGGAAGGUUAAUUUGCACUUACAACUCUCGAGUUCCUUACCAAAAAGACAAUACUUCUGUGAUUUAUGCUUCUAUACGAGACACAAUAUGUAUAACAUUAGACUACAGACAGCGUAUGAAUGAACCAGAUCCAAUGAGAGUUGAGAGCGGAGCUAUUUGUGACACUAAUAGGAUUUGUGUAGAUGGUAUAUGUGUAGAAUCAAGGAAUAUUAAGAAUGAAGAAUCUGCCUGUACAAGAGGAUGCCAUGGCAAUGGAACGGUCAGAGGGAAAGUGUCACCAUGGUUGGCAAAGAAGGCCAAAUUCCUAAGAGUCCCCACCUUCACAGAACUGAAAAAUCUUUCCAACACUCACCCUAUUGAGCAACUUAGUGAAAUGGAAGGACCUUUUCCAGGGACAAACCUACAUCUCAGCACUGCCUUUACAACAGGUGCUGUCUUCUCUGGAAACAUCCUGGAUUCCCUCCAGGCCUCAGCCUUCUCCAAUUGUGUCUCGAAUUUCUUGAGAUAUUGGUAA